AUGACCAUGUUUCAGUCGAAGAAACCAUACUCGGCAGUCACAGUGACGAUAGAGAAUCUCACUUCCGAGUCCUUCUCCGAAGAUGACCUCAGCGGCAUCCCCGACCUUGUAGAGGUCAUCAAACUCCAAGCUACCGGCCCGGCAGAGGCGGCUCGCGCGAUCCGCAAGAAGCUCAAGUACGGAACGGCGCACAGGCAAAUCAGAGCCCUGGUCCUCCUGGAUGGGCUGAUUCAGAACGCCGGCCCGACUUUCCAACGCACCUUUGCGGACGAGCCUCUGCUGGAGCGUCUUCGCGUCUGUGGUACAUCGGAUUUGUCGGACCCAGCCGUCAGGAAGAAGUGUACCGAGCUCUUUCGCGAAUGGUCGCAGUAUAGGGGGAUGCCGGGGCUAGAGAGAGUGUCGCGUCUGCACAAGGAACUGCCUAAGCGUAAAGUGGCCAUGACGCAGGAAAGAUCCAAAGUCAUCCAGGAAACAGAGAACCCGUUCGGAGAUGAUGAGGAGGAAGAGGCUGAAAAGGUCAAGCAGCAGAGCCAAGGCGUAGCAGGAUCGUCCAGAUGUUGGAACGAUGACGGCACCGGUAGGGCCACUGCCACAGAUUUCCUCGCCGUCCUGCCGCCGGACCAUGGCACAAAGCGUGCCAGCGGGAAUAAAAAGUCCAAGUCCAAGUCCAAGUCCAGGGGUCGUAAGCCUUUCAAUCUGGAAGCCGAGAAGGAAAAGAUGAAAUCAGUCAUCGCAGAAGCGUCCAUCUCCUCGACGGGGUUGAUGAAUUCCUUGCAGGUCAUCAACCGUGAAAAGGAGCGCGUUUCAGAAAAUCGGGCUGCCGUGCAGCAUUUCGAGGCUUGCAAAAAGCUGCGACGGAGAAUCCUGCGAUAUAUUCACCAAGUCGAGAGCGAGCAGUGGUUGGGCAGUCUACUCCAUGCCAAUGACGAGCUCGUACAUGCUCUCAUGGCCUUUGAGCAGUUGGACCAGUCCAUCGAGGCGGAUAGCGAUUCGGACGACGAGCUGGCGGAGCAAGCCCACAAGUACAGGAUGAUUACUCAAAAGGCCCAAGAGAAUCAAGUCGCGGCUGGUUUCGCCGGUCUUUCGCUCAGCCAGGAGAGGAAUGUGCCUGCGGCAGCCGAGCCUCCUCGACCAGUGGCACCGCCGCGUCUGUCUUGCACUGCGGCUGGCGAUGAAGACGACGUCGAUGAUGAGGACGACGACGACCCUUUUGGGGAUAAGAAUGUCAUAUCAACGCCUACCGCGGAACGAGGAGAGCCACGCUGGUAA